AACAGAGCAGCUUUGUUUCAGUCACUCCAUCACUGACUCACUCUGUUUCUUUUGUUUCUAUGCUUCGAAGUGCAAGAACCGCUGCAGUGAUUUCUUUGUUCUAUGCUUUCAAAUACAUGUUUAGUAUCACUUCUAUUCACAAGCUUCCAUUUCCCUUUGAGUGAGAAAUAUUUAAAAGAAUAAAAAAAUAAGUUACUUCUCUGUUAACAAAACAAUUCACAUAACUCUUAACACCCUUGGAGCAAUGGAUUCAUUCAGUUUCCAUAAUCUUCAAGCCGAGAAAGACAACGCGAUCCUUAAGAAUCGAAAGCUUGGAAGAAUCACAGGCAUAUUACGCUUCCUUGAGGUGUGUAUUGUUCUAGUUUUGAUCUCAAGGCUCUCUCUACACCUCCCGGUUGCAGUUAAGACCUCGAGUGAGUACUUUAGGGACUUGUCCAUAUUUGUUAACAAUCCUCGGUUCGUUUUCCUCAUUGGAAACGCAAUAAUCAUCGCUCUUUUCGCUCGGUCGGGACAGUUUUCGGCUCAAGGCUCUAGAAGAAACGAUUCGGAGAACGAUCUUUACCAAGAAGUUCUUCAUAAUGCAACAAAGAAACAGAGAGUUCAACAACAAAACCUAAAAAACAGAGCAAAACAGGGGAUAGAAACAGAGGAUCCCACAGAAAACAUCAAGAAUCAAGAAAAGGAGGGAAUAAAAAGUGAGGAUAGUACAAAGAAUAAAAGAAUAAAUAGAAACAUGGUGAAACACGAAGAAAAUAAUGGAAUCUUUUCAAGAAAAGAAGCGAAUUUCGGCUUAAGGAGCAAAGGAAUUGAUGCUGGAAAUAACAAGUGUGAUGUAGAGAAACAGAGCAUGAAAACAGGGGAAGUGAAUAAUUGCUUGGAGAUGAAGAAAUAUAGAAGGUGUCAAACAGAGAUUUUUCACCGUGCGAAUCGCGAUGAACAACGACAUGGCGAUCUACGAAGGUGUGAGACAGAGAAGAGAAUCAAAGCUAUUGAACAUGCUUCUACUAAGGAGGAGGAAGAAGAAGAAGAAAGAGCUUCAUACCCUGAAGAUACCAUGAGCAAUGAAGAAUUUCGCUGCAUCAUUGAAGCUUUCAUUGCAAGACAACAAAGGCUCCGAAGAGAAGAAGAAGAUUACUCUCUAGCUUGAAACUAUUUCUGUUCUGAUUUUAAAAUUAGGAUGGAAAAAGGGAAGAUAUUGUAGAAACUAGAAACUAUGUAAAUAAAGUGAAAAAAAUGUAUCAGUAGGUUAUCAGGGGUGUUAUAGUGUAUGAGUAGGUUGUUAAUCAUGUUUAGAGUAAUGUGAUUAUUUUUUCUCCACCUAGUAUUGAUGUGUAAAUAUUGUAUAAAUUUCGUAUAAUACGAGUAUGAAUA